AGGCAUCCCCGCCUGACAUCACGGGAGCAACGUUGUCAGGCAAGGUGUACCGAUGCCAUCGUUGCGGCAUCAUUGGCGCCGCAGGGUGGUCAAACACCUCACGGAUAUUCUGUGCGCCUUCGUUCCCCCUGCCGCCACCUCGGUGUCUCUCUGAGCACGAGGCUCUGUCUAUAUUGGCUGUGCCAAUACAAAUAACCUUGUGUGCAUGGAGGUCUUCGCAUUGUGCUUGACGUCUCUAUGACCACCGCGCUGCUCUCUUCUUCUCCACAACUCUACGCUAUUUGAGCUUCCUGCUCUCAGUGCUUCCAUCGCCUCUUCCAAUGGACCCAGACAAGUCUCCCCCUCUUCCCUCGGACCGUCCGGCUCCGCAGCGGAGGAUGGCUUCCCCCCCAGAACGUAUCCCUCUGGCUUCUGCCGUUCCUGGAUCCAGUCAGCCGUCUAGCCGUUCACAGACGACACUGCCUCCUAUCCACCAGUUGCAUCCGGGGCUCGCGCAUACCGCCAUGCAACCUCCCUCACCUCAAACGAACCUUUCAUACAUGCAGGGCGCAACCUACCCAUUGGCAUCUACAAGCAGUCUAGGAGUCCGUCCUGCGCCGGAAGACUCUGACCAGGAGGGGGGUCGAGGUCGUCCUGAGAAGCAGAAGCGGCGUCGACAAGCUCUCAGUUGCACUGAAUGCAAACGGCGAAAGAUCAAGUGCGAUAGGGCCAAUCCAUGCGGACCUUGUGUCCGGAGAGGGGAACAGUCGAAAUGUCAGUGGCAUAUCAUUGAGCCAAUGGAGAAGUAUGUCACCCGAGCCGAAUUCGAUGAGCUCAAGGCGCGAGUUCAGGAGCUAGAGGCCGUCUUGCGCGGGGGGCCCUCCACGCCAUCGUCCUCCGCGCCAAUCCCGCGCAGGACUAGUAUCUCCGCUAUGAUGCCGAUGACCUCGGGACCAACACCAGAGCCCGUUCAAGGCACCGCGAUCACGCCGUAUCAGGCAUACGGUGCCUCAGGCGCUGUCUCGUCCUAUCCGCUCCGCCCAGCUUCGCCUCGGUCGCCUGUGCGAGGAGGCGAGCCUGCACCCUACCACCGCACACUAAACACAGGAGCAACUCGAAGCCCCCCAGUUGCAUAUCGGGGACCUCCACCGAUUCCGAGUGGCAGUGGCACCGCCGCACGCGCCGGACCUAGUGUGCCGCCACCGCCUGCGCCCACCUCACCGUACGUCCCUAGUGCUUCGUCGCCUCGUUCACCACCCAAGCCUGUGUCCCCGAACCUAAGCACGCUACGCGCGUCAGUCCCGAGGCGACAGUCCAUAUCCUUAGCGGAUCUCACCACUCCUUACAAUACUGAGCCUAAGCCGCCAAAAAAUUACAGCGCGCAGACGAUAGCGCUGCCGGGCCUUCGUCUGCGCCCAUCUCCGCCCCUAGGCCCGGACCCCCGCCCUACCACCAUCGUCGAUACCCGCCGACGGGUGCAGGUAUAGAACCCGUUCCCCCUGCGCGGCCGCCCUCCGCCCAUACAUUACCAUUCCCUCAUGCACAUUCUUCUCGUCCUCACUCCCAUUCCCAGCCUCACCAGUCCGAGCCUCAGUCCUCACGUUCUCUCACGAGCGCUUCGUCUCCGAACAUACCCCGGUUACCCGGUCCAUCCGCGUCGUCUAGCUCAUCUCCAGGUCGCUCGUCUCGUAGUAAGGAACACCCUGAAGAUCGUUUCGCUGCGCCUCCACACGACUCCGCGUGAGAACCGUGGAGGCCAUAGUCAUUUUCUGUAUACUUGGCGCGUCGUGCGACGCGUCUCGUCCCUCAUCUGCCUUCCCCAUGUCGUCCGUUGUUUCACACCUUCUGCCAUUGGGUGCUCAGGAUUCAGACACCCUGCGCAAUUAUUGUACGGUCCUACUCUCAGGGUACGUUAGUCGAUAUUUAUCAUGAGCCCGAAUGCCGAAGCCGAAGCGAAUUGUACAGUAUCGUGUGUAGACUCAACGCGUACCGCAGCAAUAUGCCACUGACCAACUGUAUCCGCUACGUGUACCUCAU